CUGGAAAUACACCACGCGCCCGCCAACAUCGACGUCAUCAAGCACGAGUGCCAGGCAACUCUCAUCGUGAUAGUAUCCCCUGCUGAAACGCAGAUCUCAGACUCAAGCAAAAGCGAAAGCCUAGCCCACACCCCAAAUGGCGCGCAUUUCAGAAGCAGUCAAACAGGACCAUGCGCUCAUCAAGAACGCCUUUCACCAACUCAGAAAUGCCGACCCUGAGGCCCGCAAGCCCGAGGAAUUCAUCUGGGCGUUGGACCGAUACCUGAUCGUCGAGGACCUUGUUGUGGCUCCGGCUCUCGAAAACCACAUCGCCCAAGGCGGCGAGCGGCACCGGCGGUUGUCCGAUGACUUCGACAGUAUGAAUGCGAAGCUUCGGCACAUGCAGCAGUUCAGUCCGACCGAGGCCAGCUUCGACUCGUCGCUCAGCGCGAUCUGGGUCGACCUCGAGCCUCACAUUCGGGAGGAGGAUACCAGUGGCGGCGACCUGGGCUUGUUGGAGGAGAGCCUGUCUCGGAGGGAGUCGGAGGCGCUGGCGAAGAAGUACGAGGAUAUCAAGGAGCUGCUGCAGCGGCCCUACGGCAAGGACGGCGUGCCCGACGGCAGGACCCUGUCGGCCAUUCUGGAGAUGCCGCGCCAGGAGCUGAUGGUCAAGCUUGGGAUUUCGGGGCAAUGAAGGACUGAGGGUUAGGUUCACACUCUGCGGCAAGGAAGCUCACGUGUGAAGGAUUCGUCCGGGGCAGGAAUCAGAGGCUGUUCAUUUGGGAGGAAACGAUGAGCGGCAGCAUGAGAAUCUACUUCAUCUUUGGCUCACACCAAGAAAGUACGAGCUCGAAGCACAUCCGCGGAGGUCGCUGAUGGAAUUUAGAUUGCCCGGGAGGUGACUUCACAGCGGUUUGUUAUCUGUCCGAUACCCCUACUCGUUAUAUCCAACCGCGCCUCCAGUCCAGAGUAUGAUAGUCCCACUGUUCAACAUCCCUUCCGCUGAUUUCAACCUGC